GCAGAGGAAACGACCAGAUCGUUAAAGUUCUGUUAGAGCACYCGAAAGUCAAAGUUGAUGUCAGGGAUAGUUCUGGAAAAACAGCGUUGCACAUGGCUUGCAGUGAAGGACAAAGCAGAGUUUGCCAGCUUCUACUGGACAAAGGAUCAGACAUCAAGGCAGUUACGGCAGCCAACACGACUCCUCUACUCAACGCCAUUCUUAAUGGUCAUUCACAGGUGGCAACAAUGAUACUAAACCGAGCCGCUGACAGAGAUGUCGACAAGACUGAAUUAAAGCAGCUGCUAGGUAACAAGGACUUGCAGGAUAACACAGUUUUGCACACGGCUGCAUUGAAUAACGAUGUCAAGACUGCUGAAAUGUGCCUUGACCAUGGCGCAGACGUCAACACUAGGAAAUCUAAAGAAACCACUCCACUUCACAUGGCGGCCACUAAAGGGAAUCUUGAGAUGGUGGAGUUGCUAAUAUCACGAGGAGCCGAUGUGAACAUGAAAGACGGGGAUUCCAAAGCACCGCUUCACUGGUACGAGUUGUUAAAAGGGACAAAGAUAUAUUCCAGAUUCAUCAUUGUACACAUUGCCACCUUAAAACUAAACGUUGUUAAUUCAGCCGUUUUGUAUCUAGUUAUGAGUGACACACGCAUAUUUGCCGUCAUUGAGGUACGUCUUGUACUAUAUUUCCUCUCUUUGACAGCCGCAGACAGAGAUGUCGACAAGACUGAAUUAAAGCAGCUGCUAGAUAACAAGGACUUGCAGGAUAACACAGUUUUGCACAUGGCUGCAUUGAAUAACGAUGUCAAGACUGCUGAACUGUGCCUUGACCAUGGCGCAGACGUCAACACUAGGAAAUCUAAAGAAACCACUCCACUUCACAUGGCGGCCACUAAAGGGAAUCUUGAGAUGGUGGAGUUGCUAAUAUCACGAGGAGCCGAUGUGAACAUGAAAGACGGGGAUUCCAAAGCACCGCUUCACUGGUACGAGUUGUUAAAAGGGACAAAGAUAUAUUCCAGAUUAAAAGCUUGUGAGACACUUCUUAAAUUGGGAGCAGAAGUAGACAGUAAAGAUAACGACUCCCGAACAGCUUUGAUGUGGUCUGUUCAGAAAAACAAUCUACAAUGCGCUAAGAUUCUGCUUGAUUUCAAAGCUUCUGUCGACCUCCAAGAUACAGAUGGUGACAGUGCAUUACACGUGGCUUGUGGACAGGGCCAUGCAGCUAUAGUUCGUCUACUUUUGGACUGUGGGGCAAGUUUGAUGCUGUGCAACAAAGAAGGAAACGGUUGUUUAGAAAUAGCAGCGAAGGCAGGAUCUUCUGAUGUUGCCAUGACAAUUGUGAAACACAAAAGGUUAGUUGCUGUUGUGAGUAAUUUAAGAAAUAACAUCAGAAGAUCUUCCUGUGCAAAAAAAAGAGACGAAGGGAAUAACAAUCAGAUAGCAGAGAAAGCCCAAAACGGUAGUGACCACCAAAAACUACAAGGGACACACAAGGGGAGAGUUUCAAUAAUCUUACUUGUAAAAUGUUCAUAUUUCGGAAUAUCUAGUGUUCUGAAUCGACGAUAUUUUAUUCCCCAUACAACUUGUUAUAACGCGCUCAAAUUCUCAACGGUUCCGCGUGUAACCUAACACCGCGUCAGUUCAGCCUCACACAACGCCUGACGCUUUCAUGAAUGGAUACGUGCGUACCCAGGGAAUUGAUUUUUCGCUUUUCUCGAAACGUGAGCUGGGGACGCUUGUGGUUUCAUAUUUAUGCAUCAAAAUUCUUUACAAUUGGCUCAAAGAAGGGUUUUUUUUUGUUUUUUGUUUUGUUUUUUACAUCGGCAUGUACAAGUCCACAAAUACGAUUUUCCUAAAAUUGCUCUAUAGUUGAAAUGAUCGUAUUAGACUGACAUCUCCUCCUUGUUAAAGCCUACUUCGAUAUAACCGCCAAUCUAUAAAUUUUAAAUUUCUAAAUUGUACUUAAUUUUUCAGAUCUUAUAGAUUGUACAUAUCUUUAU